AACUGAAGAUGUCGAGCCAAAGGAAGUUCUUCGUGAUCGGGAACUGGAAGAUGAACGUUGACAAAGCCCGGAUCGACCACAUUGUCAAGUUCAUGUCGGCGGCUUCGUUGGACCCGAACACAGAGGCCGUGGUUGGCUGCCCUUCUUGCUACCUGUCAUACGCCCGUCAGAGACUCCCUGACGAGAUCGCUGUUGCCGCACAGAACUGUUACAAGGUCGCUCGUGGUAACUUCAGCGGCGAGAUUUCUCCCGCCAUGAUCCUGGACUCCGGCUGCGAGUGGGUGAUCCUGGGUCACCCUGAGCGAAGGACCAUCUUCAAGGAGUCCGACCAACUCAUCGCCGAGAAGGUCGCACACGCGCAGCAGGCUGGCAUCAAGAUAAUCGCGUGUCUGUGCGAGACGUCGGAGGAUCGCGAGAAUGGUCGCACGGAGGAUGUCCUGUUGGACCAGAUGAAAUCCCUCGCCGCCAGCAUCAGCGACUGGUCUGACGUGGUGAUCGCCUUCGAGGCUCUGUGGGCCAGUAAUACCGGCGUCCUGGCCACAGCUGAGCAGGUGCAGGAGGCCUUGGCCAACAUACGACAGUGGCUGCGUGCCAACGUGAGCCAGAAGGUGGCCAACAGCACCAGAAUCAUCUACGCAGGUUCCGUUUCGUCCAGCAACUGUCGAGAGCUGGCUCAGCUGGAGGACCUGGACGGCUUCCUGGUGGGGAGCGCGGCCCUCAGACCCGACAUCGUCGACAUCAUCAACGCUCGACGACCCGACGUGUCCAGCCUCAUCGCGCACUUCGACCGACCCAGCGGCCGACGCGCCUGACGCGGGCGGCUGCCACUCCUAAUUUACCUAGUUUUAUAGAUUUGCUUAUUUAUUGUAAUAAAUAUAGAAUAAAGUUCUAUUUUCAUCAACCAUUUCAUGUGUUUCAAUUUAUCCACUUCACAGUUGUCAUAUAAAAUAGGCAAAAGAACAGAGUAAACACAUGAAAGCUCUAGUAACGCAAGUGAAUGAUGAUAAAAGUGGCAAUUUUGAUCCGACGCGGCUGACGCGGGCGGCAGUUGCGCUCCAUUUUACUCGCGGGGUUUUGUAAAGAUGUUUAUGCACGAAUGUAAAUAUAGCCUUCGUCAUUCUAACUACAUUUCUCAUGUGUUUCGUGAUCUUUCUAACCGCCGAGGAUUUUUUUUAUUUC